AUGACACGCGCUUGGGGCCUCCUGGCGGCCCUGCUGGGCCUGGGGCUGGGCCUGAGCCUGCCGGGGCCCGGGGCCACAGACUGCGGGUCCCUCGGCCCAGUGGAGCGCCUGGCCUUCACCCCAGCGGCCAGGGCCCGGUGGCUGGCCCCUCGUGUCCGCGCUCAGGGGCCCCUGGACCCCCUCUAUGGCACCGUGCACCGCUUCCUGUCCGUGGUGCAGCUCAACCCCUUCCCUGCUGAGCUGGUAAAGGCCCUGCUGAACGAGCCAGCCUCCGUGAAGGUGAACGAGGUGGUGCGGUACGAGGCUGGCUACGUGGUCUGCGCGGCUAUCGCAGCCCUGUACCUCCUGGGGGUGCCCAUCAGCGGGCUCUGUUUCUGCUGCUGUCGCCGCCGCCGCCGGCGCUGUGGGGGCCGCGUGAAGAUGGAGCACGAGGCUAUGGCCUGUGAGCGAGGCGUCCUCCUGGCCUUCCUGCUGCUGACCACUCUUGUGCUGCUGGUUGGCUUGGUCUACGGCUUUGUCACCAACCAGCGUGUGCAUGAGGAGACGCGCCCCAGUGUUGAGGCCGUGCCUGAGACUCUGCUCAGCCUCCGGGGCCUGAUCUCUGAUGUCCCCCAGGAGCUGCAAGCAGUGGUCCGGCAGUUCUCUCUUCCCCAGGAGCGAAUCUUGCAGGAGCUGGACGGUAUCGGCAUGAGCAUCGGGCAUGCCAUCCACAUCCAGCUCAGGAGCACCGUGUACCCAGCGCUGGCCUCAGUGCUCAGCCUGGGCCAGGCCCUGCAGGUCUCCAUGGACCACCUCCGGGUCCUGAACACCACCUCGGUGGAGCUACGGAAGGGGCAGGAGGAACUGGAACCCGUCCUCAUGGCGCACCGGGAGCGCCUUUUGGCCCUGCUGCAGCAGCCCAGCUGCCAGGGCUGUUCAAGGGCCAUGAACCAGGCCCGUGCCCUGGAGCUGGGUGCUGACUUCAGACAGGUGCCCCCUGUGGACGAUGUCCUGCAUCGCCUGAAGGGUGUCCCCGAGGCCAACUUCUCCAGCAUGGUCCAGGAGGAGAACAGCACCUUCAACAUCCUCCCGCUCCUGGCUGCCAAGCAGGCAGCUGAUGUGGUCAGAGAGCUGAAAAAGAAAGUGGCCCAGGAACCCGAGGGGCUGAGGACACUGGCCGAAGAGUUCCCAGGCUCGGAGGAUGCCUCCCGCUGGAGCCGGGCCCUGGAGAACAUGGAACAGGGCAGCCGUUCCUACCUGCAGGAAGUGCAGAGAUACGAGAGAUACAGGUGGAUUGUGGGCUGUGUGCUGUGCUCUGUCAUCCUGCUUGUGGUGGUCUGUAACCUGCUGGGCCUCAGCCUGGGCAUCUGGGGGCUGUCGGCCAGGAAGGACCCCAGCCACUCGGAGGCCAAGGGCGAGACUGGAGCCCGCUUCCUAAUGAUGGGCGUGGGCUUCAGUUUCCUCUUCGCGGCACCUCUCAUCCUCCUGGUCUUUGCUACCUUCCUGGUGGGCGGCAACGUGCAGACGCUGCUGUGCAGGAGCUGGGAGAGCCAGGGGCUGUACAAGUUUGUAGACACCCCGGGGAACUUGCCUCCGUCCAUGAACCUGUCUCACCUUCUUGGCCUCAAGAAGAACAUCAGCUUCCUCACGGCCUAUCAGCAGUGCAAGGAAGGGGCUGUUCUCUGGAAUGUCCUGCAGCUCAACGACUCCUAUGACCUGGAGAAGCACCUGGAUAUCAGCCAGUAUACCACCAAGCUGCAGCAGGAAUUGCAGGGCCUCAAGGUGGCCGUGCAGGACGUGGACCUGCUGAGCCCUGCCGCCCGCCGGGACCUGGAUGCCCUGCAGAGCAGUGGGCUGGAGAAGAUCCACUACCAAGGCUUUCUCGCUCAGACCCAGAAGCCCAUGGUGAAAACCGACAUAGAGAAGCUGACAGAGAAUCUGGAAGAACUGGCCCAGGCCCAGGAUGAUGCUGCAUUGGGGCAGCAGCUGCAGGAGGAGGUCCGAGUGCUCAGAAGUCUCUAUCAGGAGAGGGUCCAACCCCAGCAGACCCUUGUGGCGAAGCUCAAAGGCAGUGUCAGGGCCCUGGUGUCCUCCGCCCCAAAUCUCCAGCUGGAGACUAAAGGCAUCCUGGACAAGGCCACUUACCUGAAAGGGGAGCUGCCUGCCUGGGCCACCCGCGUCCUGAGGAAUGAAAGCGAGUGCUACCUGACCCGGGAGAUGGGCUACUUCUCCCAGUACCUGGCCUGGCUGAGAGAGGAGGUGACUCAGCACAUCGCCACCUGCCAGCCCCUCUCCAGAGCCCUGGACAAUGGCCGUGUGAUCCUGUGUGACAUGAUGGCUGACCCCUGGAAUGCCUUCUGGUUCUGCUUGGCAUGGUGCACCUUCUUCUUGAUCCCGAGCAUCAUCUUUGCUGUCAAGACCUCCAAAUAUUUCCGCCCCAUCCGGAAACGUCUCAGCUCCACCAGCUCCGAGGAGACGCAGCUCUUCCACAUCCCCCGUGUCACUUCCCUGACGCUGUAG